CAUGAGAUCUCGCACAUGCGCCUUUCAGUCGUGCAGUCUGCAGUAGCGUCCGUCCUGCGCGUGCCCACCAGACUCAAGCAGCGAGGCGUCACAACAAAGCUGCCAACAGUUGGGCUCUUCUACAUCCCCAAGAAGAAAUGUUAGCGAGGGCAAUGAGGAAGAUGUGGAGAUCAGAUGACAUUGUGGAAGAGGAAAAACAUAGCAUGCCAUCAGUGUGUUUUCUCCAGCAACCUGAGGUUCAAGAUGACUACUCUGAUGAAGCUGCACUUCAUAGUAAGGGAGAGAUAGAAAGAACCAAUGAGAAGAUGGAUUGCAAAGACAAACAAAACACCCAAUUGUUCCAGAAUGCAAGCCAUUCUGUGUCCCAAGAUCUAGCUAAUCAUAAUCAAGCCAGUCAGGCAAGUGACCAUGAGCAUGCUGGAAUGAUAAAACAGGAUUGUUGGACUGAUUUGCCUAUAAAUGACACUAAGGCUGACCUUGACCAUAGUACUAAACUCCAGGGUAAAUUGCCCUGUCCUCGAUGUGAGAGAAGGUUUACAAGUAGUCAAGGCCUGCAGCGUCACAUUCAAACACAUGCUCUUUCAACCUGCCACACACAGCGGUUUAAAUGCAAUCGCUGCAGAAGGACCUUUAGUACGCUCUUUAGUCGUCGGAGGCAUGAGAAAAGGCAUGAAAAAAGUAAUAGGAAGACGAAUGAUCACACAAUUGCCACUUGCACUGCUAGUCAGAAUGUCCCUGGCAGUGGUGAUCCUUUGAAAACAGCAUCACAAAACCCACAGCCAAACAAGUGCAUUAAUGCUGCUGAUGGUGAACACAGGGAUGUUAAAAACCAUGCUUUCAAAGCCUCACACUUCUGCAAGUAUUGCAAAAAAGCAUUUAGGACUCAUACUAGCCUAAGGAGACACCAGCGCAGGAUCCACGAGUGCCAGCUUCUUCCUAGAGGAGUUUAUAAGAAGGUCAAAAUCACUCAAGAACCUGAAAUACAGCAGCUUGUUGAGACAGCACAGGACUGUCAGACUCUUAACCCACGUUGUGCAGAGGACAUUGAUCAGGAAAAGGAAUACAUGGUUGACAUCUCCAGUAAUAUUUCAGAGAAUCUCAGCUUCUACAUAGAUGGGAAAAUUGUCUCGACGAGUGCUGUAAGUAACUGUGAGGUGAUUGAGAUGAAUUCUGGGGGCUCUGCUGUGAUUGGAUUGAAUGCUGUUAUAAUCAGUCCAGAUCAAAUUACACAAGCUCUUAAAUUAGAAACCAGUAACGGCAGUUUCAUCUCUGACCUGUCUGGACAAUCCUCAGCCAAAAGAAGGACGUCGACCCCACCUUUACUCCCACAAAUAAAAACAGAAUUAGAGUCUGAAUCCAUCUUGAGUACCUCAUCAUCUUCCCUGUCAUCUUUAACAUUGUCCUCUGGGUCUGGAGCUCCACUGGUCACUGCUCAUUUACCUCAGUGCAUUGAGACAGUUGCCUUUCACAAGGAAAAAACUGUCUACCUGUCUCCCAAACUCAAGCAGCUCCUACAGAAUCAGGAUGGCAGUGAUCAGUCUUUUGCGUUAAUUGCCGAUGGCCACAAUCUGGGUCCUCCCUUAUCCCUGACUGUUUUACCUGCAACAACAACUAGAUUUAAGAGAAGGACAACCUCCCCUCCCAGCUCACAACAGCAAACCCCAGAUCUGAAUGUAGAAAAUCAAGAUCAGGAUUCUACAAAUGCCAAGAUGUCAAAGUCGGAGAGCCACGAGUUGAGCCUCUUGGGCAAUGAAGAAAUUGACCCUUUAAAUUUACCCAUAAACAGCUCUGAUGGAGCUCAAAUGCAGCAACAGAUCUUGCCAUUGGACUGCUCUGUAUCAAGAACAGGAGGAAACUCCUGUAAUCAACAGCCAUUGGACCUCUCCAAAUCUGUGGGGAAGCGAGACAGCAGUGAAGUCUUAGCAGAGUCCAUUUUGGACUUAAGUAUUAGUGGAAAGAGUUUAGACUGUGACUCCACUGGAGUCUACCUCACUCAGCCUGCUUUGAGGAAGAAUAAGCCUAACUCUAGUAUGCUUCAAAAGGUGCUUAUGAAUGAGUAUGGUGGGGUAGACAAUCCUUCUGUUGAAGAUUCAGCUGCUGCAGGUGUCGUCAGUGCUCCUGACCUAACAAACCUUGCAGUUGUGCCAGUGUCUGAUGCAAGUCCACCAAACCCUGAAAAGCUUUUGUUUGAAUUGGCUCUUCCUCCUGCCUCAAUCAAUUUAACCCCUCCAUUGCUCACUCCUGUCAGUAUCCAACAAACUGCCCCAGUCCCUUCACGUCACUGUUCAUCUUCUUCAUCUCCAACUUUUGUAUCCUUUCUAUCAACUCCCACUGUGGAACCCAAUCAGGACAUUCAAACUCUCCAUUCAACCUUCCUGGUAUCUGACACUGUACCACCCACAGCGUCUGUAGAAGACUGCGCUGAUAAUCCUGUACAUCUCUCACAGGAUGAUUUGAAAGUGACAAUCCCUGAUUGGGUGUCCUCUGCUCCUGUAGGUCUGGAGAGCCUUAUACCUGCAGCCCCUUCUCUGACUUUACAAGGCCCUAACUGGGUUGCUGAUCCUGCCGUAUGUGAACUAGCUCAAAGAACGUUGGUUGUAGAUUCUGUAUUAGCUUCUGACGCACAGAUAUUUUCUCCAUCUCUGCCUGUUAAUCAGUCCAACAUCACAUCCUUGACUUUACCUCCAAACACUGUUGUUAUUGAGUAUACAGUUGCACUGCAAUCUACAGAAAAUAUUCUCCCAGCUCUCCAAGCUAAUUCUGUUCAUUGCCUCUCAGAUAAAAUACCUGUCGAUGCAUUACAACAAGAACCUUGUGUAUCUGAGCCGCAACCUCUCAGUCUAGACAGCUCCCUACUUUCUGAACCACCCACACAGUCGGUUUCUAUAGAGCAGUCAUCAAACUCUACAGAUGGUACACCGACCCUCACGGCUUCCACUUGUGUUGUAAAAGCAGAGAGCAAAGAAGAGGGACAGGACAAAGCCCAGUCCUCUGAUUGUUCUAAGCAGGAAAACACAGUUGAAGAUGAAUUACCACCAUUGCAUACUUUUUGCAAGAACUUUAUGUGCAAUGUUUGUGAACAGCCCUUCCAGUCCAUGAAGAUUCUCAGCCAACAUGUUGGUGAACACUCUAGGGAGUGGCCCUAUAAAUGUGAAUUUUGUGUACAGUUGUUUACGAGUGAAACAGGUUUGCUGGAGCACCGUUCCAGUUAUCAUGGCAUUGGUAAAAUUUAUGUUUGUAAAACAUGUUCCAAGGAAUUUGCUUUCCUCUGCAACUUGGAGCAGCAUCAACGAGAUCUCCAUCCCGGUCAAGAGUGUUCACACACCGAAGUAGUACAUGGCAAGUUAAGACCUGAAAACCAUAACAGUCCCAAAACUGACAUGACUGAUCCAAGCCUUCCAAUGAAAGAAAUUAAGCAAGAAUCUGACAACAUAACCUUAAAAGCAGAGGAGGAUGCCUUGGACAACUCGGACACUUCUGAAGAGCUGUUUACAACAAUAAAAAUCAUGGCAUCUGGAGGGGUCAAACCAAAAGGCCCAGAUGUACGUCUAGGCAUCAAUCAACACUACCCAAGUUUCAAACCACCUCCUUUUCCAUACCAUAAUCGAACGCCAACUGGGAUGACGGCUGCAUCAGCCACCAACUUUACCACCCACAACAUCCCUCAGACGUUUAGCACAGCCAUUCGUUGUACCAAGUGUGGUAAGAGCUUUGACAACAUGCCCGAACUGCACAAGCACAUCUUAGCCUGUGCUAAUGCUAGUGACAAAAAGCGCUACACUCCUAAAAAGAACCCUAUACCACUUAAGCAGUUUGCAAAAGCACAAAAUGGGGUGUUAUCAACUGCAAGGAUUGUUAAUAGUAGGCAGAAUCUCUCUCAAAAGGUCGGGACACUGAAAAAAAUGAACUUUCACGAAUCGGCUGUUAAAAUAAAAAUGAGUCUCCUAAAUAAGAAGAAAUCUCAGCUGUUGCAAAGGGGCAGACCUGCAGGUCUGAGAAAGGCCUUUGCUCAGGAUGACCUAGACAUUUUUGCGUGUCCUCACUGUAGCAGGGAGUUCACAUACAAUGCUAGCUUAAAGAAACAUGUAGCUUUUAGCUGCCCCAUGAGGCCGGCCAGUAGAAACUCCAAGAAAAGAACACUCAGUAUCGUUUCAGCUCAGGAGAACAACGGGAGCCUUCGUAGACAAAUUUCAAAUAUGAGUGCAAAGCCACAAGGGUCAAACCAUGGGCCAAAAAUAAUAACAAAGAGUCAAAUCAUCAAGCAAGAUGCAGCAGUUGAUACCACUCAGGAUUUUAGACUUAAAAGAUCUUCCAUUCUGUCAACAUCUGUGGUUCAAUCGGGUAAAAAAGGCAAGAUAGUCCUCUCCUCGGUUGCUCAGGUUAAUUCUCAGGAGCCGGGUGUUCGGGUACAUGUUUUAGGUAGAAAAAUGGAACAGGGCGUGGGCGACGUAAAGCUACAGCCCAGAAGAGAGGACCGUUUGUCUCUGAGGUUGAGAGAGAGAGUAGGAGGACCUAUUACUCGCAGUGUGCAGCAGGCCAGCACCACAACAACAGUCCUUAAACAGCCAGACAGCAACAACAUAAUCAUGCAUCCUGUCAUUCUUCAAGUCAAGAAAUGAGACUUGUAAACUAUUGACUUGUAUCCAUUUUUUUUUAAAUGCCCCCUUAGUGCAACUUUAACCUGUAAAUAUGCAUCUAAAUAUUGGACAUGGUUGAAACAAAUUUAAAAUUAUGGCUGAAAUGAGCAUGUCCUUUACUAUCUUUUUAAAUUCACUGGCUCAAACAUGUCAGCAGGCUAUAAUAUUUACAUAUUAAGUAUUAUGAAAUGCCAUUAUCUAUUCAUAUGAGAACACAGUCAACAUAUCAGCUUGUCAUAUAUGUAAAUACUUUUGCCAUCUGAAACAUUUGAAUGUGCUAUCACAGUUUCUGGACAUGUCCUCUUACAAAGUUUAGCUCCACUGCUCUAACACAUGUAGUAUUGAAAUGACCUUGAUGAGCUGAAAAGUAGAUCUCCGGGAGCUAGGCCCAGUACUUUUGGAUUACAUAAACCUCAAACCUUAGAAUUAUAGUAAAAUGUCAUGUUAAAUCAAAGUCUGAAGAGUGGGGGGUCUCAUGCACUUUAUGCUGUAGUUCAUAUUCACCUGCUGCAUUGCAAUACUGCAAUUAAUCAAUUACCACCAAUUAUUAUUAAUGUAUGUAUACUGUGUUUAAGAGAAGACGAGAUGUGUUCAGUGAGGUUCACUGAUAAACAGGUAUUUGUUGUAAUGGUUACUGGCUUCUAUUUUUGUAGAUUGUGUUAGUUGUGUUUUAUUUGUUUGUAUUGAUGCUGUUUAGACUCUUCAUGCAUGCCAGAGAUUCCAUGUAUAGGUGAAGGGAAGGGUCAGAGUGUAAUAUAUCUGCACCACAAGAGGCAGGAGAAAUGUAUAUUCUGUUCACAAAGAAGAUGUAUGAAUAUAUUUUAAAAGUCUUCAUUUCUCCCUGCUAUUCUCCGUAUAAAACAUAAACAUAUUUGGUCAGCUGCUGUCAAAUGAGUAGGUCUCUUUUUUAAUGCACAUAUUGUGUAGCAUUAGGGAAGAUAGUUAUUUGUGAAAUAAGACAUUAGGUCUGGAAAUUUAGCUCUAAAUACAAGUGUUUUAGCACAAAGUUGUGUCUUGAUGUCUCUUGUUGGCCAAGCGGAUAAACAAAAAGUUCUAAAAGGGUCAAUGAUUUAACAAUAAUGAUGAUAACAGGCAAAGUUUAAGGCUAAUAUGAACAAUGAAAAGUUUACUCUAUGAUUGACUGUUGUGACUGUAAAUGAAGCAAUUUCUAGCAGAAAGAUGCACUUAGCUAAAUAGUCUACUUAUAAUAUAUCAGAACUUGUCUUCUGAGAAAUCCCAAACAGACGGAAUUAAUCUUUUUAAAUAUUAUAAUCAUUGCUUGCGGAAAUUUCCUUUUUAUUAAACUAAUGUAACUUUUAUUCCAUUGUUUAAUUUCUGCCUACAAGUUUGCUAUAUGGUGUGACACAAUGUUUUCAGGCUUUGAAAGGGUUUCAGAAGUAUUUUAAUGUGAAAGACUGAAUAAAUUGCUCUGUUCUACGUUAAUUUAAUGAAUGUGUUUGGUUUUUUAAUGACAUAAUAUAUAUUAAAAAAAUCAAUACAUUCUA